ACUACUCUAUAUAUAUAUGUCAUCGUAAUUACUCAGGGCCGGCCCUAUGGAGGGCAAGCUGGACUUAUGCUAAGGGUCCACUUUCAUAAAUUAGAAAACCUUCCAAACCUUAAUGUCCGAUUCCAACAAUCAGUUAGUCUCUUGAGAGACCGUCUCUUUAAGAGACGGAUCUCAAGCCCAGCCCAUUAAAAAUUAAUACAUACUUACCGUAUUCUUAAUGUCUAUUUACAUUAUCUUUAAUGCAAAUCACAAUUUACUGGGAUUGGAAAACCAAGUGCUCGACUCGCCAAUGGUUAUCUUCACCUAGCUAAAUAAUCAGGAAAAUGUCGAACCCAAUCUAUGUAACUGCUGCUUUCAGAUCAGGACACAAAAAUCAAGCUUACAUAUUUAUGAAGAAGGAAUAUCUGAUUGAAGAAGUAAAUCCAGGUACUUGUGAUGACAAAAUACUUUACGGACCAGCGAAAGUUAAUGAAUAUUCUGCAUCUCUUAAGGGCACAGUUUUUGGAGAUAAGGGAAUCGAUUGUGCUUUCCCAUCUCAAGAAAAAGGAGUUGCAUUCAUCUUCAGUGGCCACCUUUGUGCCAAAUGGUCCUACGGUUUAGAAACUGCAGAAAAUAAGCUCCUGGUUGGGCCUUCCCCAAUUGAAGAGGUAUUCCCUUAUUUGAAGGGUACUGUUUUUGUAAAUGGGUUGGAUGCUGCUUUUGAGACAUCACGCCCUUAUGAAGUUUACCUGUUUAAGGGAGAUAAAUAUGUUCGUAUCAACUAUGAGGGUGCUGGAAAAGUGUUGAACACCAGCCGUCUUUAAGAGGGACUAUCUUUGAAAAUGGAUUUGACGCUGCUUUUUCUUUGGAUCACGAUACUUAUCCGAAUUCAGUGUAUUUGUUUAAAGGAGAUACCUAUGCUCGUGUCACAUACACACCUGGUACGACAGUUAAUGAGAAGCUCGACAACUUGGCAAAAAUUACGACCUACUGGAAGGGUUUAGGAAGCGUCUUGCCUCGUUUUGAAUGAAUAUUAUAUAUGCUCGUUUUGUUAAAUUAAUGUCUGACUAUGUUUUCAUUAUUAUUGUUGUUGAUUUUACAUUACUACUAUUAUUUAAUUCGUACUAUGUCGUUUAUGUUGUCUGAAAUCAUCCUAGGAUGAAUUAAGGUCUUGAUCGAGGGUAUUACCUGCAACAAUAUAUGUGUUGUCCCAUAAGUUCAGGCUCGUUGCCUUGGCUUUAUUUGCAUUAUGUUUUCAUGUUCUUGUAUUUCAAUAUUAUCAAAUAAAUAUUUGUCUUCGUUCUACGGAA